AUGAGAAGAUUACCCUGGCUGAUCCCAUUCUUUCUCGUAAAUAUUUCAAACGGAAACAACGAAUUUCGAAUAGAAUUUGAAUAUCCAAAUAAUGAAAAGUCGGAAAAAUGCUUUGAUUCAUCAAAGGAAAAUGACUUAUUAGAUCUUUUCUAUGUAUCAACAAAUCCACUUGGACCUGUCGUCGAAUGUCGUUUUCUUGAGAAUUCCUUCAUUUUAUGUGAGGAUCCAGUUCCACUCUACGGCCCUGGACAAACGGGACAGCAACCAGCAAAUGAGAGUUUUCGAAAUGAAGGAAAAUGUCUGAAAAUGGGUGGAUACAGAGCAGAGGACGUUGAGUUCACGAAUGUCAAGUGCCGAGUUCUUCCGUGUAUUGAAUGUCAUGGACCAAGAACGUUUACAAAGUCAACACCUUGUAUAAUAUACAAUGGUCACUACUUUCUCACAACUCUUCUGUAUUCCAUUUUUCUCGGUGUGGUUGCUGUCGACCGUUUUUGCCUGGGAUAUUCUGCAAUGGCUGUCGGAAAACUAAUGACUUUGGGUGGAUUUGGAAUCUGGUGGAUUGUCGAUAUAUUCUUACUGGUACUUGGAGUACUCGGACCCGCGGAUGACUCGAGUUGGGAGCCGUACUAUUAAAAGAAAUUAACUAAUACGAGUGGAAAAUUAAUUGUUUAUUGGUCAAUAUUUACAACCGAUCUCAUAUUGUCAAAUCCAAUCAUUGCGGCAAUUGUGUGCUAACUGUCACCUGUAAAAUUUGUAAUUUCCUUUGUCAUUUACUUUAUAAAGAAAAAUACCUU